AUGGCCUCAGCUAUUGUUCUUCCCCCCGGCUCUCAUGAUUAUCUGCUAGCAGAAAAGCCAAAAGUCCCUGAGAAGCCUCACCAUGUUCAGACUACACUCACUUUUAACAAAGAGAUGGAAGAUGGUUCUCCCCACCCCCCAAUAUGGAUCGGCAAGCCAGAAACAAACGAGAGACCUAUGAUCACUAUUCCCGCCAUUAUCCACGACGUUAGUGGCCAUGAGCUUGACUACACCCUUGACAGCCAUGGAUUCCAAUUCCACUACCACGAGAGUAAACUAAAGGACUUCCUCGACGACGAGGAGAUCCGAGCAGAAUACUACCCAGAGAUGGAGCAACUUCUCAAAGACAUUACGGGUGCUUCUCGGUUCUUCAUUUUCGACCACACUAUCCGCCGAGCCCCAAAGGACUGGAUCAGCGGGGACCAGCCCCGUGGCCCUGUCCAUACUGUGCACAUCGAUACUAGCUAUGCUGGAGCUGAGGCCAGAGUCGUCCACCAAUUUCGCGACGAGGCGCCGGAGCUCCUCAAGGCCCGCUACCAGAUUAUCAGCGUCUGGCGUCCGAUCCGCACUAUCCUGAAGCACCCCCUGGCGGUAGCAGAUGCAAAAUCUUCCCCCGACAAUGACCUUUCCCCUAUCAAAUUUAUUUACCCCGAGCGAGAAGGCGGCUGGGAGGGUGGAGCAUGGUCCGUUAAAGCGAAUCCGAAUAUCAAAUGGUACUAUCGCUACAAGCAGACUCCAAAUAUGGUCACUUUUAUCAAGUUUUUUGAUUCUAAAGUUGAUGGGAGGGCGAGGCGGGUGCCACAUGGUUCUUUUGUUGACCCAGAGACGGAACAUGAAGCCGCGAGAGAGAGUAUUGAGGUGAGAGCUUUGUGUUUCCAUCCCGAGGAUCGUGAUUAG